UGCCUGGUUAGCGUUAGUUACUCUGAUGCGCAACGCAGUUAAGCUAGAACGAAGGCUGGCGGACACAUAGAAAUGCAUUUUUAUCCAGUAAAAGUCACAGAUCUGACUUAGUUGUCGACGUAGAUUAAAGUUUACCUUCCGUUUUGAAGCGGAGGACAUUGACUGCGUGCAGGCUGAAGAUAGAUAUCGUUUAUCGGGCGGAGCAGGAGAGUGGCUAACCUCAGCUAGGUAACCUUAGCACCGGAUCACGAGCGUCCUGCACCAGAGAGAAGGGGGAGGCUGGAGCUAUGAGGUUGUGGGUAACUGUCUAAUGUUUGCGGACACUGGAUGAGUUGGACAGUGAUUUUAUCAAAGUUGGUUUAUGUGUUUGUGUCACAUCACUGAAACUACCCAGGCAGUGGAACUGAGUAAACCAGCCAGACGUCACCACCAUGUUGGAAGAGGACAUGGAAGUGGCCAUCAAGGUGGUCGUGGUCGGCAAUGGGGCUGUUGGCAAGUCCAGUAUGAUCCAACGGUACUGCAAGGGCGUCUUCACUAAGGACUACAAAAAGACCAUUGGAGUGGACUUCCUGGAAAGGCAGAUAAUAGUUAAUGACGAAGAGGUCCGUCUGAUGCUGUGGGACACCGCUGGGCAGGAGGAGUUUGAUGCUAUUACUAAGGCCUACUACCGUGGUGCCCAAGCAUGUGUGCUAGUCUUCUCCACCACAGACAGGGAGUCGUUUCAGGCAAUUGACAGCUGGAGGGAGAAGGUGGAGGCGGAGGUGGGAGAUAUUCCCACAGUUCUAGUGCAGAACAAAAUUGACCUCCUGGAAGAGACCGUUAUAAAAAACGAGGAGGCAGAAGGUUUGGCUAAAAGGCUCAAGCUGAGAUUUUAUCGAGCUUCAGUAAAAGAGGACCUUAAUGUCAACGAGGUUUUCAAGUACUUAGCUGAGAAGUAUCUUCAGCGACUCAAACAGCAAACGGCAGAAGAGACAGAGGUGCUCCAUACCACAAGCAAUAAAAUAGGUGUUUUUAAUACCACGAGUAGUAAUGUUUCCAACCAGAGCUCCAGCAACGGCAGAGAAAUCAUCACUUUGCGACCCAACAAACAAAGGACCAAGAAGAGUAAAAAUCCUUUUGGAAGCUGCAGCCUACUGUAGAUGAAACAUAUUUAGUUUUAGUGACUGGCCAUUGUUUCUAAGACUAAAGUGGUCAUGGUUUUAAUUUGUGGAGGUAGCCGCAUUUAGAGACCAAAGCCCAAACAGCCUGGAAAAUACUACUCUAUACUACUUUAAUAACCUGAUGUUUAAUCUGUGUCCUAAAUUGUUUCCUCACAUUGAUGGUUGAAUUGUCUUUGAUUCAGCCUUGGAUCUCCAUUAAUGAUCUGCGCACAAAAACCUGUCCCUGUGGUUGCCUUAAGUAACAGCAACAGCUGCAGCUACACUACAUGUAUGUAUUAGAUAUGACUUGACAUACAAGCCUCUCAUUAGAAUAUAUAACAGCAAAGGUUGCACUCUUGCUCUGUGGAAAACUCCUGUAUAGGAUUUUCACAAUCACCCAUCCCUGUGUUUGACAUUUGAACUGUGCAAUAUGUUUGCAUGUAUUGUAGAAGAUACACGGCUAAUUUUGCACCAUAUUCUUUUCUGUCAGCAUAUCAUGGUUGAAACUAUACUGUUUGUUGUGGACAAAACACUAUCAAAUCCAGAGUUUAUUCUCUGUGCAGAAGUAUUUUUGUACGAAUCAAAACAGUGUUGAGGGAUAUUUUCACUUAAGUGUUGACAUAGUGCCAAAUUUCUUCCUUCUGAGCUGUAGUUAAAUAUUAACACUGCAGUUAUUGGAUGUAACAUGAAAUCAAUGGAAUGUGCAUUUCUGUAUAACCAAAUAUCAAUAGUUAUUGACACAAAAUAGUCCUCUAUAUGUCUGCUUGUUCUCCACCUAUUCAUGGAUUUGUUAAUCAAAUUCUAAGACUUUCACAAAGUUCUGGACUUUGUGAUGUAAAACAGGAAUUGAAGUCACCAUCAGUUAUAGCACUAUGUUUUUGAUUGCAGUUGUUUACAUUUGACAUAUUCACUGUGCUUUACUUUAACUCUGGUACAGCUCUGAGGAACUCGUUGGUAAUCCUCAGAGUAAAUACGUUUCAGUAUCUGUGUAUUCGGAUGAAGAUUUUCACUAUAUUUCUAGCAUUUCAAACACUAAAUAUGGUACGUUAAGAUUUAGUUUUUAUGUCUUGGUUUGGCUCUGUAGUAUCUAAUCAAAGUCUAUUUUGCAAACAGCAAUCAUAUCGGUAGUGUCUGUCCAUGUGGUGUGGAGCCGUGAGCUUGUGUGUGCCUGAAUAUGCAAGAAAAUUCAGUUUCUUCUCAAUACAGGAAAGUACUCUAAAAGAUCUCCCAAAUGAAUGCUUCGUUCUCCAAACGGCUAGCUGUGAACUGUUUGUUACUGCACCAAGCCUUUUUUUACAAAGCAUUUUAAUCCCUACUCUUGCUGUUUGUUUCAAAUUGCCUGCACAGUAAAUCUGUAAAUACAUGUAAUUAUUUCCCAAGCUCCUCUAAUUUGCAUUUACAUUGUGUUUAAUUUGCCUUUUUGCCUGAAUGGAUUUAGCGCACUUUAUCAUUAAGAUGGCAUAUAAUCUUUAAAGAACCGUAAAUUAAGACUAACCAUACUUAUGUGCUGUCACUCAGGUGUUGUAAUGCUCUUUGUGUCUUACUGUUACUCUCCUUGUUUCACUCAUCACAUUUACACAUUUAAAUAGACCAAAAUUAUGUAUCCUUUCAGGCUGACAAAAACACUUAUUGUUGGAUUUUUGUUUUUAACAGUAAAACAGGUAUCACUACUUUAAGUGUGCCACACAAAUGUACUUCUGAUGUAAUGUUUGGGGGGGGGAAAUUGAUGGUAAUCUGACAUAAAUAAAACUUUACUUUUUUCUUGAGCAGCCAGUGUGUAA